AGCUGCCCACAUGAAUGCGCUGUCUGGAAGCAUUCCAGCUUCUCUCGGGGACAUGGCUUCGCUGCAGUACCUUAAGCUGAGUGCUAACGAGUUGUCUGGAUCGCUCCCAGCUUCCUUAGACCGCCUCUCCAACCUAGCUGCCCUGGAUUUGAGUUGGAACCAGUUGGAGGGCCAGAUACCUACAGAGAUAGGAUCCUUCCCCGUGCUGCAAGACCUGCGCCUCAACAACAACCGCUUCUCAGGGCCUGUGCCCUACACCAUCGGCUCCAUUCGCACCCUGCGCACCCUCCAGCUGAGUGACAACGAGCUGUCAGGCCCGCUGCCGCCCACUCUCGGCUCGCUCACGUCCCUCGAUCAACUGUUCCUAUCCAACAACCAGCUGUCUGGGGACCUGCCUGCUACCAUCGGCAACAUUCCUUUCAUCAUCACCAUUGACCUAAGCUACAACCUCUUCUCCUCUUCCUUGCCGUCCCAAUGGUCCUCCCUCUCUGUGCUGCGCAAACUCCACUUCCACCACACGCUACUCUCUGGCGCCCUCCCUGCUGCCAUUGGCUCCAUGACCAACCUCCGAGACUUGCGCAUGUGCUGCAAUAUGCUCACGGGUUUCUUGCCUUCACAGAUUGGCCUUCUCACCAAGCUAACGCACCUCGAUCUCAGCUCCAACCGCUUUUUUGGCCCGCUGCCGGCCACUCUCUCUGCCCUCCAGCUAGCCACCGCCAUUCUCCUCCGCGACAACCAGCUGAACGGGACGAUCCUCCCCAAGCCAUCAGCAGCGGUGCGCCAGUACCAGCUAGACACCAACUUCUUCUCCGCCUGGUUCCCCUACGGCCCCUCCUCCUGCGCAAACGUCACCCUCUGGGCCAACUGUCUCCCCGUGCCCACCGUCUUCUCCGUGCCUCCGGGGUACCUCUGCCCAGUGGACUCUCUCCCUGAGGGGGCGUAUCGGCAGCGCAGCGCUGCUGCGUGUGCUGCGUUCUGCGGGCUGUGGGUCGGGCCGGAGUCGGCAGUGGUGGAGAGAGUGGUGUGUGGGGGCCACGGGAGUUGCUACUUUGACGGGCCCAACCGGGUUCCCACGUGUGUGUGCGACGCGGGGUACCUGAAUGGCGAGGACCCGGGCACGUGCGUGGACGCUGGAGUGGACCCCAACGCAGUGAGCCUCAACUCCAAGGAGCACCACAAGUCAAUGAUCACAUACGGCAAAGCAUUCAUGGAGAGCGAUGACGGCGCCAUCACGCUCACGCCCUCGCUGCCCUCCGUGUGGGGUGCAGCGCUCCUCUCCACGCCCAUACGCCUCUUCUCCUUUGACGUCAAGGCUGCCGAAGCCGGCCGCCAGCUCGGAUUCAACGCCGCAUUCUCCUUCCGCCUCUCGGGAGAAGACGGCAACGGGACCAGCGGCUUCGCCUUUGUGAUCUCCGCGAAUGGCGUUCCAGAAAGUGGUGGCCCCGGGGCGACCGGGGUUACGGAUCUGGGUUACGCAGGGCUGGAUGCGCGGAGUGUGGCAGUGGAGUUCGACACAAGGAAGGACGCCGCAUCGAAUGACCCGAGCAACAACCACGUGGGGGUGGACGUUGCCGGGUCGACCACGUCUCUCGCCACCGCCACGCUCCCGCCGUCGCUCACUCUGAACGACGGCGAGGAGAAGCAGGCGUGGGUGACGUACUCGCCGCUCAAGGGCGGGGUGCUGGAGAUCUUUCUCACGACCGCUGCUGCUGCUGCUAAGUACGGCAGGCCGGCGGUGCCAGUGCUGAGUGUGAAGAUUGCGCUGUGGAAGGUGCUGAAGCCCGGGGUGAGCCCGGCGGUGAGCGACUCGUACUUCUUUGGGUUUGUGGGCGCGUCCGAGCAGCCGCCGCAGGAGCAGACGAUUCUUUCGUUUCCCGAGUCACCAGAUCACGACAGCACGCCGACACGCCCAGCACCAUUCUCUCUCGCCUCAAAAGUCCUUUCCUCUCCCCCUCUCCCUUCCCAACACACACACAUCUAUCUAACCACCGCCACCGCACCACCAGGCUUCCCGCUAGGCCUUGUGCUGGAGAGCAAGCACCUAGCGACAGCGCCUGUGAACCCCUUCUUCCGCUACGCAAGCGUCGGCUACCAGGCCCCCUUGGGGGAUUCCACUCCUUCGCUACUGGGAGGAGGGGGUGCGGCCGUGCAGGAGGAGUCGUGGGUGGUGAGCGCCAGCCAGUCGUGGCUGCAGCCGUCACUGCACUGGGAGCUCCGUGACCAGGGCACCUGCGGCGACUGCUGGGCGUACGGGGUGGUACAGAGCAUUGAGGCAGCCUACGCCAUCCUGCACAACCGCUCUGCACCGCUGCUUUCCGUGGAGCAGCUGCGCAGGGACGUGGGUGCGGACUGCAGCGGGGGCUCGCCCUUUGUGGCCUUCCAGUACCUCACGUUCCUGGGCAAGGCCGGCAAGGGGCUGCUAGAGGAGAGCCAGUUCGUCCCUGCGAGUGGUCAUGCUGCUUGGGGGAAGGGAGCCGCGGGUGGAGGUCGCCGGGUGCCCUUUUUUGAGAGGCUGAAGCGGGCGCUGUUGCGGUGGCGGUCGUCGGGAAAGAAAAAGGGCAAGAACAAGGCGAAGAAAGGCCUGAGGAUCAUCGGUUUUGAGCGCACGUCCUUCUACGGCUGGUUUGGGCUGCUGCUGGCCGUGCAGCGACAGCCAGUGGUGUUGCACAUAGAGGCGUCUGCUGACACAUUCGUCAACUACGACGGGUUCGCCAAGUACCAGGACCCAGCGUGCUUCACGUACAACCUGAACCACGUGGUGCUGCUGGUGGGGUACCGCCUGGUGGGGGCAGAUGAAGCCUUCCCCCACAUGGCGCCGCCCUUCUGGAUCAUCCGCAACUCAUGGGGGCCUGACUGGGGCGAUGGGGGCCACAUGCGCAUGGACAUCCAGGGGGGGGAUGGCGUGUGCGGCAUCAACACACUCCCGGGCCUCUAUCCUGUUGUGAAAAAUUUCAAUGACCCAUGCAACGGUGCUGGCACAGCAGCAGCAGGAGGAGGAGGAGCAGGAGGAGGAGGAUAUGGUCACGGGGCGCUGCUGAAUCCGUGUGGGGGCUUCCCGUGUGUGCGGGACGGCGCGCGCAACAAGUGCCAGUGCACGCUGCCAUUUGUGCAGGCCACCAAUGCGGACGGCUCCAGGACCAACGGCAACCCGUGUGCGGUGGGCACGUGUGUGAAUGACGGGGCGGGGUCGUACUCGUGUGUGUGUCCACCGGGCUUCAGGCAGGGCACCACCGUCGAUGGCACCUUCUCCUGCGCUCCAGGCAGCACCAAUGGCAGCUACACGGUGAUGGCAGACGGCAUGACAUGCACGGACAUGCACGGCAUGUACGGGCUCACUCUAGCCCAGUUCCAGGCACAGAACAAGCACGUCAACUGCGACAACCCGCUGCCUCGCAACACCCGCCUUAACGUCACCUCCUCGCUGCCGCUCUGCUCCGUCUUCUACACUGCCGUGCAGGGCGACACGUGCCUAUCCGUGGCAACCUAUUUCUCUCUCGACGAUUCCUGCAUCCCUGUAGGCCAUCCGUGUGAAGCGGCUUUCCAGGCGCUCAACCCCGGAGUUGACUGCACCAGCAACUCCGGAGCUCUGUCUCCUAGCCAAGUGGUGUGCGUGGAGCGGGAUUCCUCGCCUCCUGCCGGUGGUGGUGGGGAUGGGGGUGGGGGAGAUGCGAUGGUGCCUGUGUGCACGCAGACGUACAUGGUGCAAGGAGGGGAGACCUGUGAGGCUCUACGUAAUGUGCCGUCGCCGCCCCUCUCCCGCCUCAACUUCUACCGGCUUAACCCAGGGAUUAAUUGCGAUAAGCUUGUGCCGCCCAAUGGCGUGGGCGCAACGACUGGCUUCGAGGUGUGCAUACAGUCGGCUUCUUCCUACAGAGCGGGGUCCUGCCCUCGCUCCAACUUCCAUAUUGUUGUCAACAACGAUCGCAUGGCGACCAGUAGGAUAGCACUACCUGCGACUGAAUUCCCCCUCCACGUGCCAGUGGGCGUCGGUGGGUACGGGGUGACGCUUGAGAUGAAGGACUACGAAGCCCUUCGCGACGAGAAGGCCGAGUUCACAGAACCUUGCUUCGACCUCGGCCUCGCGUACGAGCUCGAUCGUCUGGGAAAAGGCGACAGCAUGAUCCUGAUCCGCGGUGCGAGUCUUCGCGCCGCCAGGACGGCGUCGAAGGCGGACUAUCUGGUUUUCGGGUCGGCCUUCGGCUUCGAAGCCCUCGCCAUCCCCCUGUGCACCGGGGGCGGACCUCUUCCCGGCAGGCACUGCAGCGUCCUGCUUGUUGUGCGCCCUGGCGACCUGCUUUUGCCCGACGAGGAGGAGAUCGGGACGUUCUACCGCCACCUCGACCCCAAGACCUCCUCCAAGCGGCACGAGGAGGAGGCGGCCAACGUUAUGAGGUUUUUCGCCGAGUGCGCGAAGGCGGAGUUGAACCGUGAGGGAAGGCAGUGGACGGCUGCGCCUCCUUCCGCCGAAAUCCUCUCCGAACGUCUGGAGAGUCUUGCCGCCCCCAUCCGUGAUGUGAGUUUCCAACGUCCAUGUCGCCUUGUCGCCUGGGCUAUCGUCGUCGAGGCGUCGACUCACCCUUUUCGUCGUCGCCAUGUGCUUCGGAUGUUGAUGCAGAAAUUGCCCGACAUCCUCAAGGAGGAGGUCGCCGGCUCGGGGCUGUUGGCGGUCAACGCGUUCGCGUGGUCUUUGGAGCAUCUCGACGACGUGUUUCGCAGCUACGAUCCGCUCAUCGUCGAGAACCCGAAGAUGGUCGGCUUGAAGGCGCUCCGACUGGAGCUGCUGCACCACGCGGAGAAGGCCGCGUCGAACAGAGGGGAGGCGGCGUCGACCGUGGCCCGUGGCGUCGAAACCGGCAUCGCUAUGGGUGGGGAGGAGGAGCACGAGAGGGAGGACGUUGAGGGGGGCGGGGAGCACGACGGUGGCUCGGAAGAAGAGGAGGAGGACGUGGAGCGUGAGGAGGACGACGUGGUUGUCACCGGCGAAGAGGAGGCAGUGCAGUUCGCCGGUGAGAAGGUUGCGGAUAUGGGCGGCGGCAGCGGACCCAAGUUGGGCAAGAAGGCCCGGGGCAGCAGUGGCUUGACCCCGCCUAGGAUGGCGUCAAAGGCGGCUAUCGAGCGUCUGAAGGCGGCGGAGAGGGAGAUCAAGAAGCUGAGGGAGGAGAAGCUGGUGGCGGAAAAGAGGCUGGAGUUCCAAACGGCCCGGAAUGACACGAUUUACGGCGUGGUCACCUCGGCCGUGAACAAGCUCACUACAGUCGCCGAGGGCGUGACCCAUCUCGAGCAGACGUCGGGGAGGAGCAUCCAGCUGGCGGUGGACGCUGUGAGGGUGGUCGUGCAGGAGGCGGUGAGCUAUCGCGGCUCCACCCUCGAAUUCAUGAACACGCAGUGGCUGCCCACCGUGCAGGCCCUGCACUUGACGGCUACUGCUGCACAGGGUAGACGACGGGAGGACGACCUCCUGCUGCUUCGAGGUGUGGCAGAUUCUCUCGGCCAGAACAUCAAAACAGUCGUGUCUGCCGAGGUGAAGGCCGCCAUGGAGGGCGAGGCGCAGCGGAUCGCCGCUGCCGUGACUGCGAAGGUCGUCCAAGAGCUUAGGGACGACCUGGUGAAGGCGGUCACCUCCGCGACCCAACAGGGCAUUGGCACCGCCGGGUUUAGCCUCCUCCCAACUGCUUUCGCGUCGGUGAUGCACGGCGGUCGCGCAACCGCCGAGGAGAGUGGGCCGGCCCCAAGGCAGUCGGGGAAAAGGGUCGCCGACGAAAAAUCCCUGACCGGCGACCAGACCAGCGGCUCUAAGCGAAGCAGAGGACCUGCGGUGAAACGCGGUGUGGGCGUGGAUCCUCCUGCCCCUCCGUAUGUUCGUAUCCCCGGCGUCCACGACUUGCUGAAAGAUGGACUUGGCGCGCGACCGAGCGAACAUUUUCGACAGGUCGACGUCGCGCUCGAGGAUCCUCAGUCGGUGGUCGGGAAGACCGGUGGGCAGCCCGUGGGGGACAAGCAGCCACAGGCCCCGACCGAUCCGCCGAGCGCACACGACGCGCCACCGAGCUGCGAGCAGGUGGUCGACCAAGGAGCAAAGGCAGCGAACGUCGCGGCGGCGACUGCAGGGCCGAGUGGGUCAAUGGUGGAGGCGGCUGUGUGGAGAGCGGCGGAAGAGGCCGGCGGGGUGGACGAAGAGAUCCUCGCCAGCAUCGUGAUGCCGGACCCGGAAAUCGAGGUCAUGCGGGAGAAACUACAAGCAGCAGCUCCCACCGUGGGAGCGCAACAGGGUGCACCAGCCGCCUCGACUGCUCCUGCGGAGGACCAUAGCGCGGCUGGCGCCAAAUCUCCCCCGGCCACAACCGGUGAGGUCGGCGAUGGGAAGCAGAGGCGCAAGGGCAAGGACAAGGCGAAGGGCGGCCCGCCGAAGGUCGGCUCUUCCAAGGGGACGUCCAAAGCGGCCGCGCAGGGUCGGAAGGGUUCAGGCGUCCGCGUUGACCCUUCAACUGGGCUGGCCGUCUCGGAGAUGAAGUUAGGGAAAAAGAGCCGUUACAUCUGCCGGUCGAUGGACAAGUCCGAGGCCGCCUACUGCAUCGCUGUCGCCGUUUCGUCGUCCGACGGCUUCGUCAGCGACGUGGUUCUCGACGAGUUCGGUGGGGUUAAGGAGGAAGUGAUGGCGCAGUAUAAGGCGGACUGGAAUGUGGCGCGAUUGAUUCCGGGGGGCAUGUGGAUGGUCAUGUGGAGCCGAGGGGCGAACGUCUUCCGCGACAGGUUCCAACAGGUGGUCGCGGAAUACAACAGGAUAACCGGAGCCGACCGCGCAGCUCUCAUGUUGGCUCUUCGCCCGGCGGUGUGGUUCGGCGACCUUCCGGAGUCGACCGAGCCCGAGAAGGCCGCGAAGAAGAAGGUGGCGAGCGACAUGAUCGCACGCGUUUCGAUGUGUGCCGCCUUCGCACCGGUGGCCGCGAAAGUGUUGCCCAUUCCGGGCGUCGGGUCGGAGCGGUUGUCCGAGAUCCUCGCCGGUACUGCGGCCGCGGUGUGGUGUUUUUCGGAGACCAAUGCCACGGCGGAAGUAGCGGCCGGCGAAGGGGGGGCGGCAGCGACCGUGCGCGGAGCGUCCAACGAGUUCGCGAGUCGGUGUCGGACCGUCAUCGAGGCGGUGCUUAAGCGGGCGGCCUCUCGGGAGGUCGUCGUAGGGGAGGUCGCCGAAACGGUGACGAAGGACCUGCAGGCGGCUGUGCUGAGGUCGCUGCCUGAGGUCGGAGAGGAGCGCGAGCACGACGAGCUGAUCGCCCGUGUCAUGAUAGAGAACCUCGCCUUCUGGGGGGACUGCAAUGUCGGAGGCCCGAAGCUCAAGGCUCGCGGCGUCGAUUUGCCUAUCGACCCCCAGAUGAAGGUUAUCAUUCGGGACAGGGGGGCGAGGGGGCAGCAGCACAAAGGGAAGCAGGUUGCCGACGCCUAG